CUUUUUUUCCACCUCAUUUGUCUCGUGACAGGAAGCUGCCGGCCUGCCGUGACCUAUCAAAUUAACACACACCUUGUCCCAUAUUCCCUUACACACCGCCUGCAUUAUUUAGCAUUUCACAAGUCUGAAAGAACACUCCUGAGUCAGCUUCCCCAUUCAGGAGAGUCCAGCAAACGGCAAGCAGUGUGUGUGAUGUUCUCUGGAGGUGAUUUCUAAAAAGAUAAACACAUAUUUUUUUUUAACUCGUGCGUCACUGGAAAUGUUCGCCUCAGCCACUAAGAACUUUGUGAAGCAGGUUGGAGACACGGGCAGGCUGAUCCCCGUGCCGAGCCUGAGCGAGGCCGACCGCUACCAGCCGCUCAGCCUGGUCACCAGGAAGAGGAAGAGGCAUUUCUGGAAGAAGAACAAGUACGCCUCGACUCCCUUCUCCCUGAAGGACAUCCUGGUAGGGGAGAAAGAGAUCACAGCAGGAGUUUCUUCCUAUCAGCUACUCAACUACGAGGACAAAUCUGACUUGGCGCUCAACGGUCGACUGGGAAACCACCUCAUCAACGAUGUCGGCUUCAACAUCAGCGGCUCGGACUCUGUGGCCGUCAAAGCCUCCUUCGGCAUCGUGACCAAACACGAGCUGGAGGUGCCCACGUUACUGCGAGAGCUCAACUCCAGGAAAGUGGAUCUGGACCACUGUCUGGUUCGGCAGUCCAAGGAGAGUGGGCGCAGUGUUCUCUGUGUAGUCGUGGAGAGCAUCCGCACCACACGUCAGUGCUCCCUGACGGUUCACGCCGGGAUGAGAGGGACCACCAUGAGGUUUCAGAUCGACGAUGGCAGAAAUCCCAAAGGCCAAGACAAGGCCAUCGUCAUCCCGGCUCACACCACCAUCGCCUUCAGCAUCUGUGAGCUGUUUGUUCGACUGGACGGACGCCUCGAUAUUUGUGUAGCCCCGGAGUCUCAGGGGGGAUUUGAGCGGGAGCAGAUCAGGGAGCAGCUCGGUGGCUUCAUCGGUCACUUCUCAAUGGGUCGACUGCGCCGCUUCCUGUCCGGAAUCAUCUAUGGAAACCCGUUCAGAGCAGAAAACCGAACGUUCGAGGAGCUCACCCACUCUGACACCUACAUGGACGACAUGGUUACCGACUACUACGAGAAAGCUGCCAGCAUGACGGACGUGUCCACUGCCUACCUGAGGGAAAGCUCCCACACACGGGUCAACCUCCUCAAGCACAACAUCCCCAAGGGUCCUUGCGCACUCUGCGGCAUGGGCAACCAGAGGCGGGAAACUGUUUACGGCUGCGUGGAGUGCUCGACUGGGGGACAGAAAUACGUCCGGCUGCACGUGGUGCCCUGUUUCGACCUCUGGCACAAAACGCUGAGGUGAAAAGGAUAAUUGAUUGUGCUAUGAGAAACUUUUCUCUUUGGUUGCUAUGUCUGGUGGUGCAAGAUACAAAUGUUUACCAAGUUGGGGGUUUUUUUAUGAUGUAGUCUUUCAAGUAAAAGUCAUAAAAACAUAAAAACACACAAGACACAGCCUAAACUUUAUACUGAAUGACAAAACCUUGAGCCAUUACUUCAGCAACAGCCAAGAGUUCCAGUAAAAGCUGCAGAUAUAAAUUUUGGUCUCAUGUACAGAAUCCUUUUCAGUUUACUUUUGGCACCAACCCAUUUCUACAUGUGUGCAGUGUUAUGGCUGCCUGGUGCUAAAUUAUUCAGCAAGGGUAUUGGGUGAAAAUGGACCGGAGGGAUCAUGUUAAGGCCAGUGGGGACCUGGUUUUGUUCUGUUCCAAGUGUGUCAUUUAUUUUGAGCCAGAUUUUUUGGUUGUUUUGUUUUCACUGUGGGUGUAUAUGCAGCUCUUCAUUAGCUGUGAUGAAGCAGGUUUAACCCAAAUUGAAUUGCUCUCCUUGUGUGAACAUCCCAGGUUAAAUGUUGUUUUUGCCUUUUAGAAUAUAUUGGCAUUUAGCGAGUGAAAGUUACAGCAGAUUUACUCCUACAUAGAGACAGAACAAGAAAUUUGUAUUUGAUAUUUGUGUCAUAAUAACAGCCAAAAGAAACCAAAAUGCAGCCGAACUUGAAAUGAACAUAACAUGAGGAAUAUAAUAUUUAUUAGUUGUAUGUUUACUUAUUAUACAUUUUCAUUAUCACUUCUAAUAAAUAUUGAUCACAUCCUUUCUCUCUUCCUCUCACAUGUGUGCAUUUUCUCCGUU